GAGAAAGAGAGAGAGAGAGAGGAAUCGCCGCCGUCACCAAACGCGUCCCGUUGAAUUCUUGGCCGACGCGCUGGCCCAACCCCAUUGGUGGAUCGGUGAGCCACGGGAAUAGGCUGGGAGAGAGAUGGACGGCGGAGGUGGUGGCGGGCCGGCGCGUUUCCUGCUGAAGACGUACGACAUGGUGGACGACGCCUCCACCGACGACAUCGUGUCCUGGAGCUCCACCAACGCGAGCUUCGUGGUCUGGAACCCUCCCGACUUCGCCGCCCGCCUGCUCCCGACUUACUUCAAGCACAACAACUUCUCCAGCUUCAUCCGCCAGCUCAAUACCUAUGGAUUCAGGAAGAUCGAUUCGGAGCGGUGGGAGUUCGCGAACGAGGACUUUGUCAAGGGGCAAAAGCGCCUGCUCGCGAACAUUCGCCGCCGCAAGCCCAUCCACAGCCACAGUCACCCACCGGGAGGUGGCUUAGCUGACUCUGAGAGGGCUGUGCUGGAGGAGGAGAUCGAUCGGCUCAACAAGGAGAAAGCUGGCCUCAAGGAUAGUCUCUUAAAGUUCGAGCAGCAGCAGUCGGGGACCGAGAUUCAGAUCGAGGAUCUCAAGCGCAGGCUGGCAGAUAUGGAGCAGCGGCAGCUCAAAAUGGUUGCUUUCGUGCAGCGGGCCUUGCAGAACCCUCAGCUUAUGGAGAAUCUCGUGAAGAUGGCUGCAGCCUCAUCAGUGGACUUCUCAUACAUCCAUAAGAAAAGGAGGUUGCCACUGGAUGUGGAUUACUGCCAGGAGACUUCGGAAAACAGUUUUUGUGAUGAUCAUAGUAGCACCACCAAGCCCGAGAAUGGGCGCAUGCUUGAUUUGGACUUUUGCGACAAGCUAAAAUUAGAGUUGUGCUCAGCUAUUCCAGAUGAUAAUUUGGUGAUGGUCAGAACUCAGAGCUCCAACGAAGAUAAUGGCAGCUCGCAGCCAAAGCAAACUGGCUGUGGUCAGGAGCCAAUGGAAUGCCCUCCUUUGGUACAUGAGACACUACAGCUUUGUGACACAGAGGCACCGGCUUGUCCAACAAAGAUUGAUUUGUUUAUCGGGGAAAUUGAUGAUGGGCUCUUUCCAUGCCAUUUGAGUCUGACGCUUGCGUCGUCUUCGAUGCAAAUAGAUAGUAGUAAGUGUCCUGGUAAAAAUCAAGAUUUGGUGGAUCGAAGUCCAGUCAGUAUCAAAGAUCUCAGACCAGCUCAUGCUACUGAUCUCAAGGCAUCUAAUACGGAAAAAGAUGAUGAUCUUACUCUGCCAGUUGGAAAUGAUAGAAGCACGAUUGGCGACUCUGCUGAUGCAAAAGCUGUAUCCUCAUGGGAGGCUUCGCCUACUUGUAAUGAAGCACCAGCAAUCCCUACAGGUGGAGUAAAUGAUGUAUUCUGGCAACAAUUCCUAACUGAAAGACCAGGGUCAUCAGACACAAAAGAGGCAAGCUCCUGUCUAAGGCCAAAUCCUUGUAACGAGCAAGGUGAGGAGACAAUGGAAGGAAGUCGUAAUGGAGGGAUAAGCAAAAAAGAUAUGGAGCAACUGAAACUUUGACUUGAGCAGAGUUGCGCCUUUUGUAUUGAUGCCAUGAGUCACGCGGUGUGAAACCCUCAACCUACUCUUAACCUAGGAGACCGGACCCUCGAUGGAAGCCUCCGAUGAACAUGCUUGCAAGUUUUAGUAGCAGGAAGCUUUACAUGGUGAAUACAGACUUCAGCCUGAUGUGCAAAUUGUCUUACAUUGUGAAUGUCACAGUGCUAGUGGCUUGAGAAGUGGAAUCCAUCCAUCAUUAGUUCUGAAAAAGAGCUGAAGAACCUUAAUAUACCACCAUCAUGGACUCGGAUUUUGUGGUGAUGCCGAUGCUGGAAAUGCAUUUCUCAGAGCUUCCAAGUAUUUAAACUCUUGUGACUUAAAAUGUUAGUUUUCCUUCUCUUUCAAGCUGUUGUUCGUGUGGUUCUGUUCACUCGAUAGUUAAAAUUGCUGAAGCCCUGCUAUAUGUGGAGGUAUUCAUGUGCUCUAAAAUGGUCCAUCGACUCCAUUUGAUGUCGGCCUUUUCUUCCAGUUGAAGGUGUUCCAAACCAUUAAAAGUAAAGGCUUUUUGGUUGUUCUAAGUAGAUGAUUCAACAUGGUGUCAACCAAGCAUGCUGCCUGUAACAUGGAAGAAUACAACAGUCGAUUUGAGCAAUUUGAUGAUUGAUUCUGGCUGUAGAAGAGCAUGUUGGACGUUCGAAUCUUGAUCAUCUACAUCAUAAAGGAGCAACAUUAUCAUUGGAUACUUUCUAAUGUUAGAGAGUUAGUGAGGUGUGAGUCUCUUAUUUAGUGUAGCAGACUCUCUUCUUCAUAAUAUCUGAUUCCUCAUUGUUGUUUUUGCAAGCUUAUUUAUAUACACGUAUGUAAACUUCUUGAACAUCACAUAUGAAACAGUUCUAUCAAAGAUUAGACACUUGUAAGAACAAAACUGGAUUCUAAGCCAAGUUUUAUAUUAUGAAAU